AUUAAAGCUUUAGUUCUUAGGUAAGGAAUGUAGAAUGUGUGUGUGAGAUUGUAAGAUAGAGAGAAGGGGAUAAGUGAGAGAGAGAGAAAAAUGAAGUUCUUGUUCCAGUGUCCAUGCUGCUCUUGCUUCUGCUUCAUGAAACCAAAGCAGGGUAAACCAAAAGCUGUAGAUUCAAAACCAAAGGAAGAGAAGAAAAAAGAGGAGAAGAAGCCUGAGAAGAAAGAAGAAAAGAAAGAAGAGAAGAAAGAAGAGAAGAAAGAAACCAAAGCAGAGAAGGCCGAGUGAAAGCUCUACUCUCAAGAAAACGUAAUUGAUUAUCCAGUUUUAUUUUAAUUUCGAUGCUAUGUGAUGCUUGAGUAACUUGUAAUUUUUCUUGAUUAAUAAAUUGUCUUUUUUUUGCCAAUAUGGUUUAUCUCUAUUUUAUCAAUGAUGCUCGUUUGAUAUGUGUACUCUUAUGAAUUCGUGAAAGCUAUGAUUAUUGUUUCAACGUGA